CCGCUCCAUUCCUCUGCCUGACUGCCUCCCUCCAUUUUGCCGCUCUAGCGUUGGCUAGUCUGCUCCCUCCCGUGCCCACACUGCACCUGCACCAGCACCAGCGCAAGCACGACGCCGAGGGCAUGGAGCGCGGCCGUGCACCGCUCGUUCUCCUCUUGCCGCUGCCGCUGCUGUUCCUGCUCGCGGUCGUCGGCUCGUCGUCGACGUUCUUGGAGGAGGACUUGAUUCUUGGCACGGUGGAGACGGCGAAGGUGGGCGGCAAGGGCGCGAACGCGAGCACGAGGAGAGGGGGCGGCGGUCGGGGGAGGUACUACGUAGGGUGGAAGGAGGAGAUCUCGGGGAUGGCGGGGCGGCCGGAGCUGGCGGCGUGGCUGCGCGGGUUGCGGCGCCGGAUCCACGAGCGGCCCGAGCUGGCGUACGAGGAGGUGGAGACGAGCCGCCUGGUCCGCGACGAGCUGGACGCCAUGGGGGUCGGGUUCAGACACCCGCUCGCGCGCACCGGCGUCGUCGCCACCGUCGGCACCGGCCGCCCGCCGGUCGUCGCGCUCCGGGCGGACAUGGACGCGCUGCCCAUCCAGGAGGCCGUGGAGUGGGAGCACAAGAGCAGGAGCCCGGGGAAGAUGCACGCGUGUGGGCACGACGCGCAUGUGGCGAUGCUCCUCGGCGCGGCCAGGAUCCUCAAGGCUCGCGAGCACCACCUCAAGGGCACAGUGAAGCUUCUGUUCCAGCCAGCCGAGGAGUCCGGUUGCGGCGCCAAGCGGAUGAUCGAGGACGGCGCGCUGGAGGGCGUGGAGGCCAUCUUCGCGGUCCACGUCUCGCAUCAGCACCCGACGUCCGUCAUCGGGUCGAGGACGGGGCCGCUGCUCGCGGGCUGCGGGUUUUUCGAGGCCGUGAUACGCGGCGACACGCAAGGGCAACAACACGGCGCGAAGGAACCGCGGUGGAGUCCGGCCGAUCCCGUCCUGGCCGCCGCCUCCACCAUCAUCAGCCUGCAGAGCAUCGUCUCCCGCGAGGCAGAUCCCCUGGAUUCACAGGUGGUGUCCGUCGCCGUCGUGAACGGCAGCGACCACCUCGGUGCGCCGGCAGAGGAACUAGUGCUGGGCGGCACGUUCCGCGCGUUCUCCAACGCGAGCUUCUACCACCUGCGGCGGCGGAUCGAGGAGGUGAUCACGGCGCAGUCGCGGGUGCACGGGUGCGAGGCGUCCGUGGACUUCUUCGAGAACCAGAGCUUCUACCCGCCGACGGUGAACGACGCGCGCAUGUACGGGCACGUGAAGGCGGUCGCGGCCGAGCUUCUCGGCCCGUCGAGCUACCGCGACGUGCCGCCGAUGAUGGGCGCCGAGGACUUCUCUUUCUACUCGCAGGCGGUGCCCGCGGGGUUCUACUACAUCGGCGUGCGGAACGAGACGCUCGGGUCCGUGCACACGGGCCACUCGCCCUACUUCAUGAUCGACGAGGACGUGCUCCCCACCGGCGCCGCUUUCCACGCCGCCGUCGCCGAGAGGUUCCUCGCGGAGCACGCCUCCCUGAUGGGCUCCCCUUCGUCUGGCAUCUCCCCAGACCUGAUCGAACAGGAGCUGUGACCGAGACGAGACCGGCUAGUUAACCACUCGACCAGCGCGAGGCCGCGUGCUUGCGUUGCGGUCGCGAGCGCGGACGGGCGCCGCUUCGGUUGGUGGUGCGCGCGCACGGUGCAAAUUGGUGGUUUUUGCCCGAUCGCUCGGCCGUUGGGCGGUUCCUUGCGGCGUUGGGACGCGGGCUCCGUUUGGUUAGCUUUCGUCGCCGUCGUGCUCGCGACCGAUUGAUCUGCGGUCGUGGCGCGCCGGCGGUUUUUGGUUUUCCCGUGUUUCUCAUGCGUCAGCAAAGAACGACGGCGGUUGGCGCGUGUGUAAAACACCUGGAAAAAUGUAGCAUUACUAAUGCAAUAUGGGUAGUUCGUGUUGUUGCCCCGGCCGACCGGGGAUGGAUCUGGAUCCGAGAUAUUGACGUUACGGUGAUUUUAUCGCUAACACGUGAGUUUAAUUCUA